AUGUAUCUGGAACCUGGGCGAUGGGAAGAGCUCCUAAGCUCUCUCUCAUCGUACCAGACAUCGAAUAUACUCUAUUCCUCACACCCCGAGAAGCCAGGAUGGCCUAGACAUGCCGGUGGGCUUUGGUACUGGAUUCGCUGGUACCUCAUCGAUACACACGGACCAAUUUUGCAGCGCCUGAAGCUGAUGGUGGUCGCCCUCGUGGCACCGGAGCUCAUCAAUGGAUUUGCCGCAAGACAAUAUGUCAAAGCCCGCGGUCUAGCUCAAGAGAACAACCUUUCAUUGACCCACGGCUUUUUUAUCGUCAUGGGUGGCUUCGUCGACGCCGAUGGUAUUCCAAUUGCAAUAGAUGAACAACUUUCUCAGCCAGGGGUUGUCGGCGCCAUCCGAGCUAUCCCUGAAUCAGCUCUGGAGGACAAGAGCAAAGGCGAUGUGUUUUCAAAGGGAAUUGCGCUCUGCCAAGUCCUGUGGUUCAUCCUACAGUGCAUUGCCCGCCGCUCGCAGCAUCUCCCGCUUGCAGAGCUGGAAAUUGCGACACUGGGGUUUGCAGUCCUCAACGCCGUCACAUGGCUGCUCUGGAUCGCAAAGCCGCUUGACGUGCGCGACCCCAUCCUUGUUCCAUUGCCCACUCAGGCUACUCUGGAGUCUAGGCACGGCCCCAUCCCGCCAGCACUUCCUCUGCACAUGAGUGAGGCUCCUCAGGUUGUGCAGACCCCACUGGGUGGGUACCGGCACCAACGGCUUCUGCGCUACCUCAUGUUAAACUUCUACCACGACUUCCGGCCCCGCUUUGCUACCCACGUGCCGACAUUUUGGCGAGGAUACACAGAUCCCACAUGCCUUCGCAAAGACAUGCGCUUUUUGACGUCAACGCAGUAUAUUUGCGGCAUGCUCCAUUGA